AUGAACAAUAACAAAGGCCAAUACUCGUAUCCACCUCCUCCUAAUCCAACAUACCAGCAGCAACCUUACUAUCAACCUCCUCCCCAUCAACAACAAUAUUCUCCUUAUCAACAGCAGCCUUAUCAGCAACAGCACCAACAGCAGUAUUAUCAACCACAACCUCCACCCCAAAGUGUAUAUGUACAACAACGUCCACAAGAUUCUGGUGCUGGCGAAGGCUUAUGUCUUGGAUGCUUGACCGCAUGCUGCUUGUGUUGUACUCUGGAUGCGUUGUUUUAG